GCAAAAUUUAUUGUUACUCAUCCCCAUCAUUCGCAAUCAGCCACUAAACUAAACCAGCUUUGGUUUCUCUCACUUUCCUCUUAAUUUUUCUCGGCAAAAACAAGCAUGGUGAAAGGACCUGGUCUCUACUCCGAUAUCGGCAAAAAGGCUAGAGAUCUUCUUUACAAGGAUCACCAGUCGGACCACAAAUUCACUGUCACUACUUACACCUCCAAUGGAGUCGCAAUCACAUCAACUGGGAUUAAGAAAGGUGAAUUGCUUUUGGCUGAUGUAACCACUGAGCUGAAGAACAAGAACAUCACAACCAAAGUGAAAGUUGACACUAAUUCUAAUCUAUUUACCACUUUUACUGUCGAUGAACCUGCACCCGGAUUGAAGACAAUAUUUAGUUUUAUUGCCCCUGAUCAAAGGUCUGGCAAGGUGGAACUGCAAUACCACCAUGAGUAUGCUGGCAUAAGCACUAGCAUCGGUUUGACUGCUAAACCCAUUGUUAACUUUUCCGGGGUGGUCGGAAAUAAUUGUGUCUCUGUUGGGACCCAUCUUUCAUUUGACACUGCCAAUGGAAACUUUACCAAAUUGAAUGCUGGGCUGAAUUUCACCCAUUCUGACCUUGUUGCUUCCCUGACAUUAAAUGAUAAAGGCGACACUCUUAAUGCUUCCUACUACCACAUUGUUAGCCCAUUGACCAACACGGCUGUUGGUGCGGAGCUGACCCAUAGCUUUUCAAUUAACGAGAACUCCCUCACAAUCGGUACGCAGCAUUCACUUGACCCGUUGACAAGGGUGAAGGCUAGACUGAACAACUAUGGCAGAGCAAGUGCUCUGAUCCAGCACGAGUGGCGCCCGAAAUCUCUCUUCACAAUCUCCGGAGAGGUGGACACCAGAGCCAUUGAAAAGAGCGCUAAAGUUGGGCUGGCAUUGGCACUCAAGCUGUAGGGAAAGGCGAUAUUGCUGC